AACUGUCUGUGGCAGUUACGAAUCACUUUGGUCAAACAAACAAUAAACUAUACAUAUCAUAAAUUUUUCUAUCAAUAAAACAGAAUUAUUUGUUCGUGUUACAAAUAUAUUCUCUAAGUUUAUCAUAUGCAUGCAUAUACACGUAUUGUGUACUAUAUUUUAGCAUGAAAUCGGAUCGCGCGUUCAAAUAAUUGUUGUAUUUUAGUUUAACGGAUAAACAUUUGCGUCAGUUUGACACAAAUAGUAAUUGGUGAUCAAUUUAAUCCGUUCAGACAUAGGCAAUUUUAAAUAUUAAAAUAAUGAAACAAAUAAAAAUAAUUUCAAUAUGUUUAAACGCUUUUGUAAAAGGAAUUACCGUUUAAUACAAUUUCUGAGCUUUAUUGUUUUCAUCUUGAUCAUAAGUGAAAAUUUAUUCGAGAGCUACAUAGUGGAAAUACCUUCCUGGGUGAGGACGAACAAAUAUCCGCCAUUUGAACCGGAGCUGGACGAAGAUUUCCAGAUCGUGGCGACAAAAACUCCCAGAAUUCCACACAUUUUACAUCAAUACAACACAAAUCUGAAUAUACCAAUAUCAUAUGUGACAAAUAUAAAAAGUUUCUUAUUUUACAAUCCUAGCUGGAAGUAUUCGUUUUGGACAGAAGAAACAUCUCGGCAGCUUAUAGCUGAUAGACACCCAUCACUAAUCCCCACUUGGGAUGCUUAUGCAAAUUUUGAAAUCAGAUCAAGCAUAAUUCGUUAUGUACUACUUUACGAGUUUGGCGGUGUCUUCAGUGACAUGAAAGUGAAAUGCCUUAGAUCAUUAAAAAGGAUAACUUACAAGUACGCAUGCGUACUUCCAGCACGUUCAUUUGAACUUGUUUCAGUAAAAGAACAAAGACCAUAUGUUCUUUCUAACAAUGUGAUAUUUUGUAGAUCUAAACAUCCGUUUUUGAAGCAGAUUAUUGAUAAUAUACCGCUUUAUCAACCUAUGAUAGAUAUAAAUGAUGCAAUUGGAGCCCAUUUUCUAACUAGUCAAUAUAUAAUAUAUAACAAUCUACAAUCAUAUUAUAAUUUAGUAUAUAAAGACGAUCAAUUCUCAUGUAAUUCACCGUUUAUUUAUAGGGGCGAACUUCCAGAUACACAUAUGAACGCAGUGUUUGUUUCAAAUUCGAAAUAUUUCCCUACAAAUGUCUACUCUGUCUAUCCGCUUUGUCAGGAUUUCUUUGAUCUUUCGUUCUUACAGAAGAGGGGAUGUAUUGAACUGAACAAAAGACGUGAAAACUCUAUCUUUGCAUUUACAUAUGAUUCUUAUAAAUUACGUCGAUUUGAAAAAAUAAUCAAUUAUUUUGUUAAGAUUAAAAUAACACAUAUUACGAACGUGGAUGUUCCACAAUAAAGUGUAAUCAAAUACUCGUAUUAGUUGAUAAA